ACAGCAGCAUACAUAUCAUUCCGACAAUGGGCCAUCACGUUGUCGUAUGCGUGCAUCAAGAUCCGAUAUGCCUUUUCUGAAAUGUCUCGCGCUCUGGAAAAGGAGGUUGUUGCAUUUUUGAAGUCCGGCGAUCACACGGCGGUGUAUGAGGACAUCUCACGAGCUCUUGCUCCACCAGAUGACCCUAGUAACGACCCGGCGGGCUUGCUCGAAAUCGAGAUUCUAGGACGAAGUCACCCUACGCCGCCUGGUCAAAAUCUGCUUCAAGACAAGAACGCCAUCGGUAUACCAAAAUUACGUCUAGUACAAGCCUUUCUUGUAGCUCAUCAAAUCGCCAGAGCCCACACAAACACAACUGAACAAGCGGAAAAUGACAUCCUCUCGGCCACGGCGGUGAUGCUUCUGAUGGAUGCAGAGAACCUCACAGCUGCAAAUACAAGGAAACGCAUCCUGUUGUCUCGUAUCAAAAGGUUAGAAAACGGUAGAAUCUCCAGUCUCCAACACCGAGACUGUCGGAUAUUACUCUACCAAGAAAGCUGGUUCGUCGACAGUCUUUUGACGAGCCGUCUCCAUCGCCACACCAAAUCACCAACGCUAUGGAGCCAUCGCCGAUGGUUGGUCGAGCAACAUCGGAACUUUGGUCAUGCGGUCGAUAUCCGAGCCGGCUUCGACAUAGUCAAGACCGCGGGCGAGUGGCAUCCCCGGAACUAUUAUGCAUGGUGUCACGCACGGUGGCUCCUCAAGAUAUCCAGACACGUUUUGACCAAGGAAGAUAUCCUAUCCCUGGAGAACAGUAUUGAAGUCUGGAGCCUCGCUCAUCACGAUGACAUAUCUGGCUGGUCAAUGCUCGCUCACAUCCAAGAAAUGAGAGGCGAUAACGCUGCGAGACUCAAUGUCUUUCGAAACCUGCUCGAUACAGCUGAGGGCUAUCGAUGGACGAAUGAGUCGGUGUGGUGGUACCUGCGCACUACAGCUGCGACAUUGGAUCUCCAGAUCGAGGAUCUGGACCAUUUCAAAACGACACAUCAUAAGCUUUUGAAUGAGCCCGACAACAAUGGAGAUCACGCUUCGACAAGCCACCGCGUGUUAGAGACCGCAUGGCAAUGGUACAACCAGAAUCGAGGCAAAGCGAGCAGCGGGAUUAUUGGUGGCUGAAACUCGUCCUCUUCAACGCAGAUUGCGAACAACACUCACCGCUGGCACAACAUAUCAGUACUCAUUCUCACCCCAGCUUGGUAUCUCAUUUUACCGAGUUCAGUGCUGAGGUUCCUUUGGCCGGAUUCGGAAGGUCGGGUUCGAUGGCCUUGAGAAAGAACAAGUUUGGACAAUCAGAGAGGCUAGACGAAGCAGUAGCGAGGCUCUGAGCACGAAGGCAGAGCUCAUUUGGGAAUACCAAAUUCCAAGCCAGUCUGAUUGGCGCAUUCCCCCCGACGAAGGGGCUCCUUGGCUGAAGUCAUGAUUUGGCAGAUGUGACGGACGUGAGGCUGAAACUCUGGUAUUAUUGCUGGGCUACCUGUAGCCAGGGGUGUUCCCCCGCCACUGACGGUUCGAGAACUAACGGCCUUCAUCUCAAUCUCCCAGAGAUCCGCCAAGGCCGCACGGCCGGCGGAUGCUAUCUUGUUAGUGGUCAUGGGGAUAGAGGGAGACACAGCCCAAGGAGAUCGGGAUCUGCCAAUGGUGGAAUGCGGGUUAUGGCCAGCCAGCGGUGGAGAAAUUCUGAUUUCCAUCGUCAAGUGGAUGGACAACACGGAUUGCUGCUUUCGGACGCCCUUGACAGGUGGCAUGACAACUUUCGCAUUUUCUGUGAUGAUGGGCUUGCGGCACCACGGGGGAACAGGGCUGGAGCUACGAUAUUAGCGCGCCGCUGCCGAUGUCUCACUCAGGCUGGCAUUGCUGGAAUGCUGGCCACGAGUACAGGAGUAAAUCAGGGGCGGUAAUUGCGACUCUCUGUAGUCAGCCAUGCGCUUCGUGAGCAAGCGUGGGAACCUGUUGAUAGCGCCAGGACCAAAAACCUUCGCAGGCCCUGGCACGGCUCG